AUUAUUUUGUUGAUUACAGCAUGGAGAACAUUACAGUUGGGCGGUUCUGAGCUGGAUGCUGUUGAGAAGGGCUGUGGUCAGUGUGAGAUUGACCAGUGUGAUGGGAGUGUGGGAUAUGGAGGAAGCCCAGAUGAAAGUGGGGAAACAACACUGGAUGCAAUGAUUAUGGAUGGCAACACUAUGGAAGUUGGGGCAGUUGCAGAUCUCAAACAUGUGAAAAAUGCAAUUGGUGUAGCACGAAAGGUCAUUGAGCACACUAAGCAUACAUUAUUAGUGGGAGAGUCAGCCUCCCUGUUUGCUGUACGCAUGGGGUUUCCAUAUGAAGAUUUAACUACCCAAAGAUCUCUUUCAGUGUUUUCAAGGUGGCUUAAUCAAAGCUGUCAGCCAAAUUACUGGAAGGUACAAUGCAAUCAUGGUGAAGGGGUGGAAUUUGGUAGCCACAGUAAUGUUACUGCAACAUUACCUCUUCCUUUCAGCUUACAUUGAAGUUUUGCUUUUGCACAUGUGGACAAUAACUGUUCCAUGUAACACACAGAACACACCUGGAUUUGUCAAAUGCUUGGACUCAGAAAGAGUAUAUGAAUAGCUCCUACUUAUUAAAUCUUGCAGUUUUGACCUUGCUUGCACAGUUUUGGUAUGGGAUAUAUAUAUAUACACACAUUUAUUUAAAACUCUAAAUUUGGGCAGAACUUCUCAUGCUAAACAAAAAAGUGAGAGUACUUUCUGAUGCAUGAAUAAGGUUCUGGAAGGAAUCUUACAGUAGAAGUUAGCUGCCUUAAAUACAGUGGCUUUAUGCUGAACUGCGGGCAUGUUAGAUCAGUGCAGCUGUCUGUUUUUAAAACUUGCCUUUUUGUGGGCUUACUUUAUUUUGGUAUAGCUAUUGUAGGUUUGUAUUUGUCCAGUGUCUUUUUUGUUUCUUGCGUCUAAAAUGCUGCAUUGCUGAGCCAUUUUAAACCAAUACAUAUUCUCACUUUCAAUUGUGAAAAUAUCUUUAGCACUGACUUGAUGUAAUAUCUUGAAAUUAUUGAAGUAAAUUCAAUUUAUCCUUGUUUAAAGCUUUUCUUUAAAAAGCAAAAA